AGACCAAGACGGUACUUGGUCUCUCAUCCCCCGGUCCAGCCGCCCUGCGCAGAUCUCAACCCAAAGAGACCGUCCAGCACUCAAUUCAUGCCGUCCAAGGCAAGUGAACAAUUAAGGCUUGCUCCUUCCAGCUGGGACUGCUUGGUCACAGCACUGAUUGAUCUAUUGAAGACCAGGGAUGCCGCUCAUCUACAUGAUGAGAGAUCGCCUCUCUAAAUCUGGAUCAAUGUGGUGGUGUUUUCCCCUGUGCAACACAUAAACACACGUUUUGUUCCAGCAAAAAAAGUUUUUCCUCUCUGGUCCUUCUCUUCCUUCCUGGCCCAGAACGGUUUUUUAUUUUCUUUCUUCUUUCUUAUGUUCUGCACUGUACCUAUCAAUGCUAUCAUCAUCUCCAGUAGAUGUAUAGCCAUUGUUCAAGGCCGCCUUCUUUACCUUUCCUGUCUGUAUUUCAUUUUUGUUUUCCAUUUCGAUUUAUCGAUUCCUGAGAUGAGAGACUGUUUUUAUCGAAAUCUUCGCCGCUCGUUCCUUUCUUCCCUGCAUUUUUCAGUUUCCUUUCUCCAGAUCCAAAAUACCACGAUACUUCUGAGAUAUGUAGAGAUUUUUCAUCCCUCAACUCAUUUGAGAAACUUCUUCGAGGUUGUUGUCAUGAUUGAGACAACGACCCCAAUGCCCUGGGGUUGGGUUUCGCCUCGUUCUUUUUUCAGUUCAAGCAAAGCCAUGAUAAACUUCCUAUCGCUGCUGCUGUCGACAGCCUGGCAUCUCGACCUGCGCCAACUGCGCCAACCAACAGUCUGGCAUCAUGAAGCAAGAAGAUACAGACUGGCAACAAGCGUAGCCAUGCCGGAGCCACCAACACAAGCUGUCAUGUCAUAAAGUGCAUGGACAUGACGGCACACACAUGUCACACUUGAUCGAAGACAAGCAAAUUGUGCCUCAUACGGAGUAAGCCUCGAAGCUCCGUGCUAUCCGGCCCAUGCGGGUGACAAGAACCGGCGACGAGCCUU